AGCGGCUGGCUCUGCUCUGCGGGGGGGAUCCUGCGUCCACCCUGCAGCCUGCUCUGCCGGCGCUACCAAGGAGGGAGCCCUGGAGGGCAGUGUGUGUUCAGAACUCAAGGUGGAGGAACAGAAAGGGUGCGAGUGGGCCUCUGCAUGCCCUGCCCAGAAGGAGGGCUCUGUGUGUGUGUGUGUGUGUGUGUGUGUGUGUGUGUGUGUGUGUGUGUGUGUAGGGGAUUCUACUCUCUGGAGUGCUUGCCUGAGCCAAACCAAUACAAGUCUGGGAAGUGGUUAACAGGCCAUUCCUGUGAGCCACAGUGCCUGUUUCAGCUUUAGAAAUCUGUGUGGGAACCCUGGGGGUCUAGGGAGGCCCCUCUGGCCAGUGCACACUCUAGGAAACUCAUGGAGAGAGCAGGCAGUGGGAGACCGCUAGUCAGAGUCUGUGGAGGCUUUCUUCAGAGUGUGGUCUGCCCAGUGUAAGCUGUGAGUCGUUGGCACUGUGAGCAGGUGUGUGGCAGGGACUCUACAGGAUGUGAACGCAGAGAAGACACCCCUCCCCGGCCCUGGAGAAGCCUGACACUGAAGAAGUGCAGCCAACUGCCGAGGCUAGUUGCUCGGCACAGAAGGUAUAGGCCUGGCGCUUUAGCAGUUGAAUGGCCUCAGACUGUGCCUUGGGCUCCUCCCUGUGAGGUGAGGUUGAUGGCACUCUCCCCCAGGGCAGCAUCAUGGGAUAAAACGCUAAGGAUAGAGGCCCAGGGAGGCAGCUCUUGGGUGUGCCUGUUACUUGUCAGGCACACCUAGGAGAUGCCUCACCUACAAAGGCCCCAGACCCUUGCCUACAUUCAGGGCCUUAGUCAAUAAGUCUGACUCCCUCCCCCUGUUCUUUCUUUUCAAAUGAGAGGGAAGUACCUCGAGUUGGAGGAACCUGGAAGGCUCCUUGAAAUGCUUUUGGGGAGGAGUUUACAAAGAAGAAGAUCGGGUAGAGUUUUAGCUUACAGAAACGAAGGCCCAGAUGGCUAGGCGAGGCAGAGAGUGAAGAGAGGAGCCCCUGAGUCUGCCUGUGGCCAGGCUCUGAGCAUUAACGCUUUGAUCUUUUGCAUGGAAAGAAGAGUAUACUGAAGUGGGGGGGGGGGGGGACUUCAGGAGACGCAGGCAAUCGGAGAACAGAAUACCAGGACCUCACCCCAAAAGUCUGUGCCGUCUGACGCAUCAUUGGUGCCAAACCGAGGUCAGAGCAGAGCCACGUGGAGGCAGGGAGGUGUUGCUGGGAGAGAGAAGGCUGCUUUCUUGUUGAGACCACACCAGUCUCGGGUCUGCACUCCUACGGGUUCUAGAAGGAUCCUUCUUUUCUUCUUCCAGCCCAGGUGUCCCCUGACUGACACAGCAUCUCCCAUCUAGAUCGAGAGUUUUAGUCUGCUCUGCCCUAGCCUUUCUACCCCUCAGAAGGACUUGGGGCCCACUUGGAUCCAGGAUUUCAUCCCAAGCUCCUUCAUCUAAACACAUCUACAAAGUCCCUUCCUCCCAAUAAGGUCGCUCCAGGGCCUGGAUGUGAGUCUCGAGUCACAUCUCCUGCCAUUCGGUCCACACAGUGACUGCUGGACUCCCGGUGCCCUAAGAGGAAAGGGGUGUGGCCAGGGCUCAGGGCUGCAGUCCUUCCUCCCGACCCUACCCCAUCCUCCGCCUGUCUAUUCCCAAGACGUCACCAGUUCUGUGAUGCCCUGUGGGCCAGGUCCUCCGCUGCUGGGGCGUCAGGCAGAGGUCUGGACAGAGGGACACCUUGUCCUGCUGGGAGAUGGAUGGUUUCCCUGCCGUGGUUAAUGGGGGACACACCACCUAGUGAAAAUGCAGAGCAGGAAGGAUGUAACCCUCCCACCAGGUCCAGGCCCCUGUCCUUCCUCUGCCCCUUAACUGCCCUGGCCACUCUCAGGACCCAGUCCAGACAAGAGGAUUGGCAUCCUGGUGGCUUCCUUGAAACUCCUUUCUCUUCCAAGAAUGCUUUUGGCAAUGUGACCUGGUACCUGCUUGGGUUCAGCCAGAGUCUCCAUGUGGACAACACAGCUUGCCUCAUCAAAGGGACCACCUCCCCAACCCAGUGAGCACUUCCCACUGGCUCACUGGUGGUCUGCUCAGUCUGUCUGGGUCUCCUCUGACUUAGGUAGAGGGGUUUCUCCAGUCUUUGAGAACCACAGACCUUUAGCACCGUUUCCUCGUUAGUAUCUAUUUCUUUAGAAGCUAUGGGAAAGAGAGCAAAUGUUUCUGGCAUCUACGUAAAGCCCCCAGCACAGACCUGGCACAAAGUCAUCCCUCAAAUGCUGGCACGAUGAUUCUUUCCAGGGUGGGUGCUUGGCUGACUAGGAGACACUGGAACAGUCAGGACUGGGUUGGGGGCGGGGGUUAGAUCUAGGCUGGGGAAGGAAUUAGUAGUUAUGCCAAGUAGUUGCUGAGGGGAGUUAGAGGUAGGAGCCUAGAGCAAUGCAUCUCAGGGAAGUGAGGCAGACAGCAGCGGAGAAGAGGCCCGGCGCUGGCAGUGAGGGGCUGCAGACAGUACACAGGCCCUGGAGAACCUCUGGAAUAGCUGAUUGGACUCAGUGGCUUUAACAGAAUUUUUUUGAAGUCGUAACCAGUCCUUUAAAAUGAAGGAUUCUGAUAAAAAUCCAAAUUAUUGGCUUUUUUUAGGGAGAAAAAAAAAAGGUCUUGUCGCUCUGGGUUCCCAGAACAUGCACUGUGGUGGCCAUUGCCCGCAGGUAAAGCAUGUGUAUCCGAAUGACCGCUGCCCCCGCUGCUCGGCCCUGACUUAUUGUUCGCUGGUGACCUGACCUAUCUCCCACCUCUCCCCGACAGCCGCGGCUUCAGCACCACUGCUGCAGGGAGAGCCACUGGACAAAUUUAAAACAAAGAACUGAGGAGGGGAGGUAGACAGUAGCUGAGGCCAGGGCUACAAGCAUUCUGGGUAAAGGAGGUGGGUGGGGGCGGGCCACACCCUUUCUGCCUACUUUCUCAAUCAUUCUUGUCGGUCUUCUUCCUUCCUCUUUCUUUACUUCCUUUCUUUGUCUGCCCUUCCCUCUCCUGCGAGGACCAGAGGCCUGCCACGGCCCCCAGCCCCCAGCAGAGAUGUCCUCCCUGUCCUCAUCUGGGUACAGGUGAAGAGUGGUCCAGCCAGAGGUGUACCUUGUGCCUCCCCUGGGCCUUGCUUGGACAAGAGGCCAGCUCUAUCAGGCCUUCCUCCUCCCCGGUGUUCUAAAAGGAACACUACAGCCAUGGCCCUGGGGCUUUUCCGGGUAUGUCUGGUGGUGGUGACGGCCAUCAUUAACCACCCCCUGCUGUUCCCACGGGAGAACGCCACAGUUCCCGAGAAUGAGGAGGAGAUCAUUCGCAAGAUGCAGGAACACCAGGAGAAGCUGCAGCUGGAGCAGCUGCGCCUGGAGGAAGAGGUGUCACGGCUGGUGGCGGAGAAGGAGGAGGCCCUGCAGCAGGCAGAAGAGGAGGGCCAGCAGCAGUCAGAGGCCCACACGGCCUGGGACCUUUGGAGCACUCUCUGCAUGAUCCUCUUCCUGAUCAUCGAGAUAUGGCGGCAGGACCACCAGGACGGGCCCUUUCCAGAGUGCCUGGGUGGAGAUGAGGAUGAGCUGUCUGGACUGGGGGGCAGCCCACUGCGGGGCCUUCCCCUGCCCAAUAAGGCCACCCUGGGCCACUUCUACGAGCACUGUAUCCGGAGUGCCACAGGUGAUGCCACCCGCACCCGGGAGUUUGUGGAAGGCUUCGUGGAUGACCUGCUGGAAGCUCUGAGGAGUGUCUGCAACCGAGAUACUGACAUGGAGAUGGAGGACUUCAUUGGCGUGGACAGCAUGUAUGAAAACUGGCAAGUGGAGAGGCCACUACUGUGCCAUCUGUUUGUGCCCUUCGUGCCCCCAGAGCCCUACAGCUUCCACCCAGAGCUCUGGUGCUCCAGCCUUUCAGUGCCCCUGAAUCGUCAGGGCUACGGUCAGAUCAAGGUGACUCUGGCUGACGGGGACCCUUUAGGCUGUAUCUGCGACAAGACUAAGCUCGGGGAAGACAUGCUGUGUCUCCUCCAUGGCAAGAAUAGUGGGGUGCAGCCCAGUGGCGGGGGAAGUGAUGAGAUGGAGGAUUUGCUGUGCUCCAGAGAGUCCUCGUACCUAGAUGCCAUGCAGGUCAUGAAGUGGUUCCAGGUGGCUCUCACCAGAGCCUGGCACCGCAUCGCCCACAAAUACGAGUUUGACCUUGCCUUUGGCCAGCUAGACAACCCAGGGUCUCUCAAAAUCAAGUUCCGCUCAGGGAAGUUUAUGCCCUUCAUCCUGACUCCUGUGAUCCAAUAUAACGACUCAGACCUGUUCUUUAUCCCACAACUUCCCAAGGAGCCCUUCAGGGGAACCGCAGCCUCCAGCACUGACUGGCUCCUGUCCUUUGCUGUCUAUGAGCGACAGUUCCUCCGGAUGACAGCAAAGGCUUUGCCGGAGGGUGCCUGCCACCUCAGCUGUUUGCAGAUCGCCUCCUUCUUGCUCUCCAAGCAGAGCCGCCUGACAGGCCCCAGUGGGCUGAGCAACUACCACCUAAAGACUGCCCUGCUGCACCUCCUGCUCUCCCGGCGGGCUGCUGACUGGAAGGGCAACCAGCUGGACGUGCGCCUGCAGGAGCUCUUCUGCUUCCUGGAGAGGAGCCUCCUGGAGAAGAAGCUCCAUCACUUCUUUGUGGGCAACUGCAAGGUGCCUGAGGCUAUGGGACUCCCAGAGGUUGUGCGCAGAGCGGAGCCUAUCAACCUCUUCCGGCCCUUCGUUCUGCAGCGGACUCUUUACCGCAGCACAGUGGAUUCCUUCUAUGAAAUGCUUAAGAAUGCCCCGACGCUCAUUAGCGAAUAUUCCCUCCAUGUCCCUUCAGACCAUGCCAGCCCACCACCAAAAGCUGUCGCCUUGUAGAGCCUGAGACUCGAGGGCCGGGGGAGAAGCAUCCCAAGCGUCUACCUUACGUGGGUUCUGUAGCCCCAUGCAGGAAACACAGUAGGCCUCGGGGGAGGGGAGCUGAGGUUCAGCUUGCUGGGAAGCCAGGUCCUGCAGAGGGAAGAAACAGAAUUGCAGCUGGACCCUGGUUUGCCUUUCUGCCACAGGGGCUUGUUGGUGAAACCGUUGUUUGGGUUCGGGCACCGAUCCUUUGUAGCUUAGUUUGAGAUCACUAGGAAUGACCAAGACAGUGACGGAACAGUCUCUGGGUACUGAGUUAGAGAGAAUGCAAGCACUGACCUGAAUGUAAUCCUUUUUGUAUCACAGUCCAUUCUGUGCUUCCUGUCGACAGAGAAUCACCUAGGAUGUUGCCAGGGAUGGGAUUAAGACUCAACACUCUAUUCCAGGAACUCUUGGUCCUGGCUGUUUGCAGCUGACUCAUGAAUGGGGACAGAUGUGGCAACUCACAGCCUUUGAACCACAUCACGCACAAUAAUAGAGGUCCCACGGUGCCACCAUUUGUUAAUACUACUUGGUGAAAAGAACCUGGCAGAGGUCCAGGAACCCGGGGGGCUAAUUUCUCCAUUGCACAGAAAUGGGUACUUGGUGGUGGAGAGUCUAAAGUUGGCCAGUUUUUCAGCCACACAUCUUACUCAGGUGCACACCCUCUCCCUGUCCCUUUAUUUACCCUUAUACCAGGUCCUGACUACGAUGGGUGCCAUUUACCACACUGGAUGCUGGCUCAGAAGCCCAUCCCGUCUCCAUAGCUGAUCUUACCAGCCAGCAAUGUGGUAGAGGGGCAAAGAUACUCGUGUCUGGCUUGCACUUUGGCCCACUUUGGAGAAAGUUACAGGACCUUGGGUCAAGGAUUAUGAUAGCCCUAACCUGUCCUCAGGGUCCUGGUUAUAGGGAAGGGUAGGUUUAUAAGCCAGAGGUGCUAUGAAAACCCAGCUCUGGUCCACAGACCCAAAGCAUCUCCCAGUUCCUAUCUCCAAGAGGGCCUCACCCCCUGUGCAUAGCCAGUCUUUUCUGAACAAGCCUUGCUGACCUCAUGGAUGACCCAGACUGAAAGAACGUGAUGGAGCCUGGGCUCACUGGGGAUCUAUGUGGGUACUUCAGCCACAGCCUGGGAACUCGAAAGAGUGUUGCGGACCCCAAGCAAGCAUCAGAGCCUGAGGCUGGAGCUGGGCUCCCACCCAGGCCUGUUUCAGAGGAUCCAGCAGCUUCUUCUCCACUUGAACUUGAUUGUUUGAGAUUUCUUCUCCACAUCUCCUUAGUAACUUGACAGUGGACCAAAGAAGAAACACAAAUGAAGAACACAAGGUGGUACCCACUGACCCUCCAGAAGUUAAGACAACAAGCUGCAUGUGUCAAAACCAGGCUUCCCGUAGCCCCGCACAUGCCUCACGUGGCCUUAGAGAGCUCCAUUUAACCACCGAGCUUAAUUGGUGGUGGAGAGGAUCUACUGUGUGCAGGGUAACCAGAGAUGAUAGGAUGCCUACGUGUAAGCAGGAGUUAGACUGAGCAUGUGUGGUCCGCCCCUCCACAACUUCAAAGUGGUGAUCUAGGACCCUGUAAAAUGAGCCUACUCACAGUGUGGCUCUAUCAGCAGCCCUGAGCCACCUCAUCCAGUAGGUACCUUCCAGGGUCAGGGCAGACGGCCUUAUUUAUUGUCAUCUGUGCCUUGUCCCUGUUCAUUUGUAUUCCGUUGUGCAUCCAAGAGGACAACAACAACCAAGAACCAGCCUCCAGAGGCCAAGACCAAGCCUGAACCUCCUUCAGUUUCUCUUUUACUUCCGGGAGAAGGGUCACAGGAUGAACACCUCUGGCUUCUUGUUUGCGGGGGCACUUGGCGGGAACAGGAGCCUGUUGUGUGUGUACCCGGGCUGCUUCUGAAGCAGCAGGCUCUUGGGGUUUCAGGCUGCCUUAUUUAUAAUAAAGGAAGAAUUAACUUCUU